CCCCGCUAACAUAAAUACCUGGGGUGGAGCAAGCUUCUGUCACAAGCCUACGAGACUUCCCAACCCAUCCUUCUCUUCUUCCUAAAUAAGCUACUCUCUGUCCUCAACGGUUUUCUUUCUUUCGAGAGGAAAUCUACCCAUUGCCUUGCCUUGCAAUUUUCUCGUAUCUUACACCAGCAUUCCUCUUCAUUGACCUCGCAAUCCGCCAUGGCGCCUGUCCAGAUUGACAACAAGGCCCUGGUCGACUUCAACCAGAAGAGCCUACUCGUUUCUGCCGCUGCCAUUGCCUUCAACCCGUUGUUCUGGAACAUCGUCGCAAGACAAGAGUACAAUAGCAAGAUCCUCACCAAGCUCGCUGGCGGACGUUCGCAAGCUGCAUGCUACGGUCUGGCUGCCACCAUCUUCUCUCUCGGCAUUUUCCGUGAUCUUCUUUACGAACGGGCCCUGCGCUUCCAGCCAGCCCACCCACUUCUCGCGUCCGAUGCGGUGACCUAUGUCGGAUACGCCCUCGUGGCAUGUGGCAACGUUCUCGUUCUCUCUUCGACAUGGCAGCUGGGUAUUACCGGCACGUUCCUCGGUGACUACUUCGGCAUUUUGAUGGAUAGCAUCGUGACUGGCUUCCCCUUCAGCAUUACCGACGCUCCCAUGUACAAUGGAUCCACCAUGAGCUUCCUCGGCGCCGCCCUCAUCUACGGCAAGCCUGCCGGCAUCCUGCUGACUGUCUGGGUCUUCAUCGUCUACCAAAUUGCCCUGCGCUAUGAGAACCCCUUCACUGCUGGCAUCUAUGCCAAGAGAGACCGCGAACGUGCUGCUGGCAAGGACACCAAGAAGAUUAGGUGAAUGCAACAAGAGGUCCAGCUUCAACAGCACAAAACCCAUCUCCACACCCCGUUCCGGAUGGGGGCCGAGCGCAAGACCGGACGACAGGGGGUGUACGGAGCCACGCAGGUCCCCGCCGGGUACUGCGGUGAUAUGGGUCUCGGUGAGCCCGGUCAGUCCGGUGAGCUGACCGUCCCACACACUUCUUCCCGAAGACGGCCGGCCGAGUCAAGCCCAAAACGG